GAUCGAGUAUUUCAUCAAAUAAAAAAUAAAAAUAAAAACUAUUUUCCCCCUUGAUUGCCACUUCCAGAUCCAAAUGUACGUUGAAAUCGCCGUCGAUACAGAAACCGAAACUGCACAUUGCUUCCAGGUCCAGACAGAUCAAGGGAGAGACUGAGUAAUUACUAUGCCUAAAGAUCAGAGAGGUGUAAUUAGAUCACGUUCUGAACCGGCUUUGAACCCUAAUCGACUCAGAGACAAAUCUUUGGCUCCUUCUACGUCACUUGCUGCCAAUCCCGAUGAUACGGAUACAUUCUAUGAUCAGGCGGAAUCAGCUGAUACAAGUUGCAAAGAUUCAGAUGUUAGAUGCUAUGGUGAUGAAGAUGCAUCUUGGAUAUCAUGGUUCUGCAAUCAGAAAGGGAAUGAAUUCUUCUGUGAAGUCGACGAUGAUUACAUCCUCGAUGAUUUCAACCGUUCAGGUUUAAGAAACCACGUACCAUUCUAUGAUUAUGCACUGGAUUUAAUGUUGGACAUUGAGUCUUCCAAUGAUGGCUUAACUGAUGAGGAACAGAACAAUCUGAUCGAAUCUGCGACGGAGAUGCUCUACGGUUUAAUUCAUGCCAGAUACAUAGCAACUACCAAGGGAUUGUCUGCAAUGUUGGAGAAGUACAGGAACUAUGAUUUUGGCAGAUGUCCAAGAGUGAACUGCAAUAAACAACAUUGUCUGCCUGUUGGUGAGUCAGACAUCCCAAGAUUAAGCACUGUAAAAAUCUAUUGUCCCAAGUGUGAAGACAUUUAUUCCCCGCAAUCCAGACACCAAGAAGAAAUUGAUGGGGCAUACUUUGGAACCACAUUUCCUCACCUUUUCUUCUUGACCUACGGGCAUCUUAAGCCGCAGAAGGGCAUUCAGAACUAUGUUCCAAGAAUACACGGCUUCAAAGUCCGCAACGAAUAAUGAAUCUUGCCCCUCUUGGUGAAGAAAAUAUAAAGGGGUCCAAGCAAGCAGAGUUGUAAGAAAAGAAACAGGGGCAGUUCCCUAUAAGCCCCAUUUCGUUGUACUCACUGAGUUUUGUUCAUAAAAGUUUUUGGUUUUA